UUUGCACCUUAGACCUCCCCGCAACUCUUGGGGGAUAUUUGUGGCGUUCUCAUCGGGCGUGCUUCUAUCCCUUUGUGCGACCUUUACACGAUUUCUCCUUCGGUCGCAGCUCUCAUUCCGAUUCGUUUGACGAUCAACCACUUGCGUUCGUCUCUCUCGACCAUUGUCCCUACCCUUUCCUUGUACCAAUAUUUGCCGCGAUCGUUCGAUUUGAUACAACCUACAUCAUGGGUGUCCCGAAAUUCUUCCGCUGGCUGAGCGAGCGGUACCCCUCCAUCUCGAUGCUCAUCGCAGAGAGCCGCAUCCCGGAGUUCGAUAGUCUAUAUCUCGAUAUGAACGGCAUUAUCCACAACUGCACGCAUAGUGAUAGUGACUCUCCGACAUUUCGCAUGACUGAAGAGCAAAUGUUCAUUGCUAUCUUCAAUUACAUCGAGCACCUGUUCGGCAAGAUCAAGCCCAAGCAGCUGUUUUUCAUGGCCGUUGAUGGUGUUGCACCGCGCGCAAAGAUGAACCAGCAACGUGCACGCCGCUUCCGAACGGCGCUGGAUGCCGAGAAGGCGAAGGAGAAGGCGAUUGAACAGGGCAUGGAGAUGCCGAAAGAAGACGCCUUCGACAGCAACUGCAUUACUCCCGGUACGGAGUUCAUGGCGAAGUUAACACAACAACUGAAGUACUUCAUCAACAAGAAGAUCUCAGAGGAUAGAGACUGGCAGGGCGUGGAGAUUGUGCUAUCGGGCCACGAGGUCCCCGGUGAAGGCGAGCACAAGAUUAUGGAGUACAUCCGGCGCAAGAAGGCGCAACCCGAUUACCACCCCAAUAUGCGCCACUGUCUUUAUGGCCUGGAUGCCGACUUGAUCAUGCUGGGUCUGCUCAGUCACGACCCCCACUUCUGUCUUCUCCGAGAAGAGGUGACGUUUGGUCGUCAGGUGUCGAAGAAACCCAAAGAACUCGAGCAUCAGAACUUCUAUCUCUUGCAUCUCAGCCUGGUUAGAGAAUAUCUGGAAUUGGAGUUCCAGGAGUUGGAGGAGGAAGGUGCUCUGAAUUUCCCCUUCGAUAUGGAGCGCGUGAUUGAUGAUUUCAUCCUCAUGGCGUUCUUUGUUGGAAACGAUUUCUUACCAAAUUUGCCCAAUCUACACAUCAACGAGGGUGCGCUGGCACUGAUGUUCAAAAUUUACAAGGAUGUGCUGCGAAAGAUGGGUGGCUACAUUAACGAAGAAGGUGUGAUCAAUGUGGACCGCCUGGGAAUACUUCUUGAGGUAUUGAGUGAUGUUGAGCACCGGUUCUUCGAGGCCGAGUAUUCCGAUGCGCAAUGGAUAAAGUCCAAGAAGAACGGAGAUGACGGCUCCAUGGAGUUGCAGAAGAAGCCGAAAGAGCUGACGAUCACUCCGGACCAGAAGGAGAUCUUGAAAAAGAUCAAAAAGUUCGUGCUGAACCGACCUGGGAAGGGCUCCGAGGCGAAACCCUUGGAUUUCCCUCCCACCUUGCCAGCACGUGACCGCACCUUCGUGGAGCAGCUUGCGGAUGCACUCCGGCUGCCCUGGUCUACUAUCGAGAAUGAAAGUGGUGAUCGAUUCAUGAGACUUCAGCUGCCGCAACCCGAGAAGGAUGACGAUGACGAAGACUCCGACGAUGAUGACGAGGAGGCGACCCUGGCUGUUCAACGUAUCAUUCGAAAAUACGAAAAAGCCAAGGUUCAGGAAAUGACCUCUGAGGAAGCGCAACAGGCUGCGGAGAAGAAAUACGAGGAAAUGUUCCAGGAAUGGAAAGAUAAGUACUAUCGAUCUAAAUUCGGCUGGGGCCUUGACAACGAGGAGGAGAUGAAGCAAUUGACGGAGAACUAUGUGCAAGGAUUGCAAUGGGUCUUGUUCUACUAUUACCGCGGCAUUGCAUCGUGGCCCUGGUUCUUCAAGUACCACUACGCUCCUAUGAUUUCCGAUGUGAAGAAGGGCCUUGGAGCCGACAUGAAUUUCCGACUUGGAAGACCUUUCCGACCUUACGAUCAAUUGAUGGGUGUCUUGCCCGAUCGCAGCAAGAAGAUCGUGCCCAAGGCUUACUGGGAGCUAAUGACUUCGCCGGACUCCCCCAUCAUUGAUUUUUACCCUCGUGACUUUGAAUUGGAUAUGAACGGCAAAAAGAUGGAAUGGGAGGCUGUGGUCAAGAUUCCUUUCAUUGACGAAACCAGGCUGUUGGAUGCUCUCAAGACAAAAGAGUCACUCCUCGCCCCCGACGAGAAGGCCCGGAACACUUUUGGAGCCAGUCUGAAGUUCACAUAUUCUCCAGAUGUGAAUUUCAUUUACCCAUCCUCAAUGCCUGGCGUGUUCCCCGAUCUACCCAACUGCCGCUGCAUUGAGAAUGUCUUUGACCUCCCGGUGAUGGAGGGUUUGGAGCCUUACCAUGGGUUGAUGGAGGGUGUGCACCUCGGCUCGGCAGCUCUGGCCGGCUUCCCUACUCUCAAAACCCUUCCUCAUGUCGGUCAACUCGGAUUCCACGGUGUUCAGGUUUUCCAACAGGAAAGCCGCAACGAAAGUCAGGUCAUUACUCUUCUUGACCCCGGAAGCCGGUCCAACAUCGAACUGGCGAAGACGAAGCUUGGACAACGAGUCCAUGUCGGAUACCCAUUCCUGCAAGAAGCCCUUGUGAUUCGUGUCUCGGACGAACUAUUUGACUAUAUUCUUCCGCCACACGAGCAACACGUCGUCUCAGUCCCCCACACUCCUCAGCAGAUUGAGCAGUGGAAGAAAAAGGCGACGAAGAUCGAAGGAACUUACAGCAAACGACUCGGGAUGGUCAUCGGUGAAGUUGAGUCCCUGGUUCAUAUCCAGAUGCUGAAGGGCAUGGCGAAAACCGACGAGGGUGCCACCAUCAAAGAGUUUGCGGAUAUCCCUGGUCAAGAGACUGAUUACGCGCUUCAAGUGGUUGUUGACGACGUGAUCAAUCCCGACGAACGUUUCGUUGAGCGAGAAGCUCUGCCUAUCGAGGAAGAAUUUCCUGAGAACUCUCGUGCGUUCUUCUUGGGCGACUUCAAUUACGGGCGGCCUGUCCAUAUUACCGGUCACGAUGAAGGAAAGGUGAACGGUUUGAUCGCAGCUGUCAAGGGUAAAGAGCCUGAAUUUGGAAAGGAGCGUGUCAGGGAAGCUGAGCGCUACUGCCCGUAUAUGCCUUCUUAUGCCAUUGCGCGCAGCCUUCGUCUCAACCCCCUGGUGCUGGCAAAGAUCACCUCUUCUUUCUCCGUUGACGUCGACGGGCAGCGGGUGAAUCUCGGUCUGAACCUUAAGUUCGAGGCUCGCAAGCAGAAGGUCCUAGGAUACUCGCGUCGCGGAGACUCUGGCUGGGAAUUCAGCCAAAAGGCUGUCGAACUGAUUUCCCAGUACAUGAUCAAUUUCCCAGAAUUCUUUGCCGGCAUCCAGCGCAACCCUCAAAACGACCGCUACAGUCCCUAUGAUUUCUACCCGGAGGAGACCGCUCUUCUGAAAAUGAAGGAGAUCCGCGACUGGCUUAAGUCCGUUGAGGCCAAGAACUUUGAAAGAGUGCCCCUUGAUGCCGAGCAGCUGGACUCGGAUAUUGUCCACCUGAUUGAGCAGGAUGCCGACGCUUCCAAUGCCCAGCAACCGCCAAUGCACCCCAAGAAGGUUCGCGGUGUUCCCCGUAGCGCUCUGCUGCGGCCCGCCGAUGUCGAGCACCGUCUGGGCAACCAGAGCUUCAGGCUUGGAGAUCGGGUUGUGUAUGCCCAAGACUCUGGCAAGGUCCCCAUCGCCACUCGCGGCACAGUGGUCGGUCUCACCAGAACCUCGCGGACAGUGCUGCUUGACGUGGUCUUUGACGCCUCGUUCAUGAGUGGUACCACGCUUGGUGGCCGCUGCUCACCGUUCCGUGGCCAGACCGUCCUUGCUUCGUCUGUUCUCAACCUCUCAUAUCGCCAGUUGAUCGCCAGCUCCCGUGCUGCAACGAGUCAACAGACCCAGCAAGAGCAAACUCCUUUGACCGUUGCCGGAUACGGUGCUCCUCUUGGACCAAACGGACAAGGUCAGCUGCGAAACGCUCCGGCCCCUGCGCCUCUGAGAGGCUCUUUCCGAGGCGCUGUUUCUGGACAGGGGGCUCCCCGUGGAGGCCGCGGUGGUUUCUCCAACGGCGAAUCCACUACACUUCCAUUCCGUCCCAAUGCUAAUGGCGGUGCCCCGCGUGGACCCCGUGGCCGUGGACGAGGCGGACAGCGUGGUGGUUAUGUCUCAGUGGAGAACGGGGACCCAAGCGAGGGUAUUAUCCAGAACAACCCGAACUUCCGCCCUCAAAACUACACUUCGGUUCCGCCUCCGCAGGGACUUGAGCGUGGACGAGGACGUGGCCGUAGCCGUGGAAAUGGAAAUGGAAAUGGAUCUCGCGGCCGGGGACGUGGACGUGGUGCCCCCGCUGUGAACACCCAGUGA